ACAUUUCAGAUCAACUGGAUCAUUAACGACAGAAAGCAAGCUCUCUCUCUCUCUCUCUCUCUCUCUCUCUCUUCUUUUAUAGGUUUUUCUAUACCUAACCCCAACAGUUUCUCUGUUUCCAUUUCCGGAACUGAAGUUGGUCUUCAAGAAUGGAACUAUCAAUUUUAUUUGUUGGAAUCAUAGGCAAUGUAAUCUCAGUACUCAUGUUUCUUUCUCCAGUUGGAACUUUUUGGAGAAUUAUAAAGAAUGAAUCUACGGAGGAGUUUGAGAGUCUGCCCUACGUCUGCACACUGCUGAAUGCAGCCUUAUGGACAUAUUAUGGGAUCAUAAAGCCAGGAGCCUACCUUGUUGCUACUGUUAAUGGUUUUGGCAUCGUCGUAGAAAUUGUCUAUGUAGCUUUAUUCCUUAUAUAUGCACCAGCAAAGAUGAGGGCCAAAACAGCCAUUCUUGUUGGGCUCCUGGAUGUAGGAUUUUUAGCAGCAGCAAUUCUAGUUACUCGACUGGCAUUGAAAGGAGAAGUACGGAUUGAUGCAACAGGAUUCAUGUGUGCUGGUCUUAAUAUCAUCAUGUAUGGUUCGCCUUUAGCUGCUAUGAAAACAGUGGUGACGACCAAGAGUGUGGAGUUUAUGCCUUUUUUUCUUUCUUUCUUCUUUUUCUUGAAUGGAGGGAUCUGGACUUUCUAUGCGAUUCUCACAAGGGAUUAUUUUCUCGGGGUGCCCAAUGGAACUGGAUUUUGUCUUGGAAUUGCACAGCUAGUGCUCUACGCAAUUUAUAAGAAUGCAAAGCCUUGUAAAACGCGAGUUUCUGAUCAUCGUAAUGGGCUGGAAGAAGGAUCGCAAUAUGAGAACCUUAUCUCAUCAUCUCAAACGACCCCAGGGAACUAAAGAAUGAGACCCAGUUAUGUUAUUUGCUUAACAUUCAAGAAGAAGAAGAAGAUUGUGUUUUUCUAUAGCAGUAUCUGGUGCAAAAAUAUUUAAGGGUGAAUUAAGGUUGAGAAAAAGAUAUAGUUGGAGUGAGAAAAAGCGAUACGUUGAUGAUUUGCUUGAGUUCUGUUUCGUGGUAACACUAUUACACAAAUUAACUAUUUGUCAUUUUGUUAAUAGCUAUGGAGAUUGAUUUAAAA